ACAAAAAAAGUGUAAACGGAAGAAAUGGUGGUGGCUGAGAUGGCCGCCAUGGGAAGCUUUAGCCUCCACGUGCUCCGCUCUCGGCUAUUCAUGGCAUUUGCUUCACUCCUCAUCCUAUCCAUGGCUGGCGCGAGUUAUCUAUUCGGUAUAUACUCAGGGGAGAUCAAAUCCUCACUAGGCUACGACCAGACAACCUUAAACCUGCUAAGCUUCUUCAAGGACUUAGGCGGCAACCUAGCCAUCAUCUCAGGGCUAAUCAACGAGGUCGCCCCCGUCUGGUUCGUCCUCUCCCUCGGCAUACUCUUCAACUUCUUCGGCUACUUCAUGAUGUGGUUGGCCGUGUCGGGGCGCAUAGCUAAGCCCAAGCUCUGGCAAAUGUGCUUCUACCUCUGCGCCGGAGCCAAUUCUCAGUCGUUUGCUAACACCGGCGCUACGGUGACCUGCGUCAAGAAUUUCCCGGCGGGCCGUGGAAUCGUCUUGGGGCAUCUUAAAGGCGCGAUUGGCCUCAGCGGAGCCGUUAUAACUCAGCUCUACCACGCUUUCUACGGGGAGGAUGCAGUGUCUCUGAUUCUCCUCAUUGCGUGGCUCCCCGUGGCGGUUACCUCUGUUUUUCUCCGGACUAUUAGGAUCAUGAGCCCGGUUCCUCAAGAAAAAAACAACCUUAAAUUCUUCCAUAAUCUCCUCUUUUUGUCGCUUGGCCUUGCUGGGUUUCUCAUGGUUAUCAUCAUUCUCCAGCAGAAACUCAGCUUUAGUAAAUUUGGGUAUGCUACUAGUGCUACUAUAGUUCUACUUUUGGUGUUUUCUCCGAUUGUUCUUGUGGUUAGAGGAGAGUAUAAAGUAUGGAGAAGGAGAAGCAAAGAAAAGGGUCCGCCAAUUGAGACAGAAACCAAAACCCAACAGGGCAGCUCAACUGGUCACAGUGGUGAAGUUUCUGUAGAAGGAAACUCAGAUUCUUGCUUUAAAAAUGUGUUUAGGCCGCCGGGGAGAGGGGAAGACCAUACAAUACUACAAGCGCUUUUUAGCGUGGACAUGUUGGUUCUUUUCACGGCCACAACGUUUGGGGUAGGUGGAACGUUGACCGCCAUUGAUAACUUAGGGCAAAUUGGGAAGGCCUUAGGCUAUCCAUCUUCGAGCAUAGCCACAUUCGUGUCACUAGUCAGCAUAUGGAACUAUUUAGGCCGGGUCUCAUCCGGCUUCGCCUCCGAGAUCUUCUUGGCCAGGCACGGGUGUCCCCGCCCUCUCAUGCUCGCCGUCGUCCUUCUCCUCUCGUGCCUCGGCCACGUCCUCAUCGCCUUCGGCGUCCCCAACUCCCUCUACUUCUCCUCCAUGCUAAUGGGGUUCUGCUUCGGCGCGCAAUGGCCGCUCAUAUUGGCCAUCAUUUCCGAGCUGUUCGGGCUCAAGUACUACUCCACACUGUACAACCUCGGCGCCGGGGCCAGCCCCGUGGGGCUGUAUAUUCUGAAUGUUAGAGUGGCGGGGCAUUUGUAUGACAAGGAAGCGCUGAGGCAAAUGGCGGAUAAGGGGCUUGCUAGGAAGCCCGGAGAGGACUUGACGUGUUUGGGCGUGGAGUGUUAUAAACCGGCGUUUCUGAUAAUCACGGCGGCCACGUUUGUUGGGUGCUUGGUUUCGCUUGUUUUGGUGAUGAGGACUCGGGAGUUUUACAGAGGUGAUAUAUACAAGAGAUUCAAAGAGCAAGGUGAUGAGGAAGCUAAUGAUGAGUCUGCAGCUACUUAGGGCAAAUUAAAUGCUGGAUUAUUGUAAUAUUAAGCAUUCAUAUGCGUGUGUACACACUUCCUUGGAAAUUCUAUGGUUUUAAUAAAUGAUUUUUUAAGCACCUUA